AUGAAGGACAAUGUGAAGGUACCUUACUACAUCUCUAGAGUGAUUCAAUUCAUAAAUGAGAUGAAGUUGUGUGGAGAAACUCUCUCUGAUGAAAGGAUCAUUGAAGUGAGAUAUGUCAUUAUUAAGGAAUCAAAAGCGUGGGAUUGGAGUAAAUCUCAAUCCAACUUUGGUGUAGUGCUAACUUCUGAAGAUACUCUAGAGCUCAAAGGUUUUGAAGAUGAGUCAGAAUCAGAAGAUGAUUCUGAAGGUAACUCUGAAGGUGAGUUUGGCUCUGAAGGUGAGUCUGAAUCUGAAGAUGAAUUUGAUUCUGAUCCAGAUUCUGAUGGUGAUUCGGACUCUAGUGAAGAUCCAGACUCUGGGAAUAUUCUAGACUCUGAAGAUGGUCAUGCCUCAAAAGGUGGUACUUUUGGGGUUCCAACAUCUGAUAACGUUCCAGCGUCUGAAGAAGAUUCUGAACAAGUUCAUAUGUUACAAAGAAUCAGACAAAUAUCAAGGAGAUUUGAAGAGAUUUAUGAAUUUGAAGGAGAAUCUUAUUCUGAUGGGGAUUCUGCCUCUAAAGAUGAGUCAGAGUCUGACGGGGAUUCUGAGUCUGAAGAUGAGUCAGAGUCUGAUAAUAUCUCUGAAGCUGAAUAA